AUGUCUCUGUUUGGGUCCAUCAUGUCCGGCGAGGUUGGGUUGCGAUUGCUUCUUUGCCCUCUCGGUUCUAAUGUGGUUGUCCGAACGGCAUGUUGUUCAGUGGGAGUUGUCUUGCCCGUUUAUUCUACGUUCAAGGCCAUUGAAGCAAGGGAUGAAAAUGAAGAACAUAAAUGGCUUAUGUACUGGGCCGCUUAUGGAUGCUUUAGUCUUGCUGAGGUGUUCAUCGAUAAGAUACUUUACUGGUGUCCGCUCUACUAUCAAAUGAAGUUUGCAUUUCUUGUGUGGAUGCAACUUCCAUAUGUUGACGGGGCAAAGCAGCUUUAUACGAACUACUUGCAACCCUUCCUCUUAAGACAUCAAUCAAAACUUGAUCGACCCGUGGGUUUCUUUUAUUAUGAAAUGGUGAAAUUCGUCAAAAACCACGAAACAGAAUUUCUGAUUGCAAGGAAGCUCAUUAUCAAGAUUUUGUUGUCAGCUAAUACUGCCGUUCGAGAAAUCAUCCACCCGAGGCAAAGUCAGGGAAACAGGCCUGCAAUCGAGGGUCUUUCCCAACAAGAGGAAACUUCAGAGUCAGAUGAAGAUGAAGAUUGA